UUUUCGUUUUCGCUUUCGUAAGGCAAGCCAUUUAUAUGUGAAUCUUUCAUUUUCACUUUCACCGUGCGUUUCUUGAAUUCUUUAUGGAUGCAAAUUUCCGAGAAGAAAAUCGCUCAUCUGGCGCUUCAGUCUUGUUCAGUACAUAUUAUUCCCACGAGCUUGCUAUGGUCGAGCUCUAGGCAAAAACAGAAAAGACGUGCUAGAAGCCACGGCAAUAUGCAUACGAAAGCAAGAGGUCCUGCCUACCCAGGUUGUAACGUAAAGAAAUUUGAAGUUCCAGAUAAAUCUGUAAAAUGGAGCACCAUGUACAAAGAAUACAAACCAAUAGAAUAUACCAGUGAACACGUCCUAAACAAACCUUCAUGGGCAGAUCCUGACGUUAGCCACUGCAAAGCAGACCCACCCUUUCAAUACAACAGCAAGGACUGUCACUACAAUGUUGAUCGAACAAGUUUCACUGGUGAAUAUGAAAUCAUUGAAUACAGGCCACGGAACCCUAUUGGUAGAACAGGAAUGACAGGCAGAGGACUUCUGGGACGUUGGGGUCCAAAUCAUGCAGCAGAUCCUAUUGUCACCAGAUGGAAAGUCAACAGUGAUGGUAAGCAUGUUCAGGAAAAUGGAAAACCAAUCUUAGAGUUUGUUGCUAUCAAAAGAAACGAUAAUGGCCAGUGGGCAAUUCCUGGGGGUAUGGUAGAACCUGGUGAUACAGUAUCUAAAACUUUAAAAAAGGAAUUUGGUGAAGAAGCAUUCAACUCCAUUGAACUUUCACAACAUGAACAACAAGAAUUGCAAGAAGCGUUGACAAAGUUAUUUCAAAAUGGAAGCAUGAUUUCGUGUGGCUACGUCGAUGAUCCAAGAAACACGGAUAACGCGUGGAUAGAAACAGUCGCCAUGAACUUUCACGAUGAGCAUGGCAAAGUGCUUCAAAACUUCCAGUUAAAAGCUGGAGAUGACGCUGGCGAUGUCAAAUGGAUGGAGGUUCGCGCAGAUUGUGACUUAUAUGCAAAUCACAGAGAUUUUCUUAAAAAAACUGCUCGAUUUCAUUGCUCAUUUUGGUGAGUGAAGCAUUGUACAAUAUAUUCAGUUUACAGUAUUUAAGCUUUUUUAUUUGUAAAAAUGAUUUGAUUAGAAAAACCAGUUCUUGCGGUUUUUCCCCUCUUUUA